AUGGCCGACAGCAAACAGAUAGUUACUGCCUUCAAGAGGAAAGGUAAUUUUGACCGAUACCGGCACCUCAUCUAUGAUAGUUUCAAGACCCCCAAUGGUGAUGACGAUCACAAUAACAAAGUGAGAACUAGCGGUUUUACACGGCUACUGGAAAGUAUUUCUAGCAAAAUCACAAAAAAGUUGAACGAGGAUCCCAAAUUGACCACUCAUAACAGAGGCAAAACCGCUGGGUUGUUGACUGGAUACUUGUAUAAGGAUGAGGAGGUGAAUAGGAUCAUUGAGGAAUCCAUCAGGGAAACCAUGAAGGAACAGAAGGAUUUAAAGGACAAGAUAAGAUUAGAACUUAAGGAGGUUAGCGAACAGUUGAAAGAUAAAGAUGAAGUGCAGGAUAGAGAGAAUACUGGAAGCAAAUGA